AGGUUCCGGAGCCUCUCCUCCCUGCGGGCGCACCUGGAGUACAGCCACAGCUACGAGGAGAGAAGCCUCCUGACCAAGAGCAGCCUCUUCUCGCCCCUGAAGGACGCGGAGCUGAUCUCCCCGCCGGAGCCCGGCAGCCUGGGGAGCCCCGGCGGUGCCUUGCCGCCAAAAGGGUCCUACCUGAAUUUCUGCGAUGCGUCCUGCGAGGGCACGAAGCGCGGGCAGCCUGAGCGGCCCGUCUCCUACGUUGCAAACUACGUGCCGGCCGACUCGCCCAGCGAGCAGGUGUCUAAACCCGGCCUCCCGGGCGCUGACUCCAAAGCCUCCUUCGAGGCACACGUCAGAGAAAAGUUUAACAGGAUGGUAGAGGCCGUGGACAAAACGAUUGAGAAGCGGAUCGACAAGCUUACCAAAGAGCUGGCCCAGAAGACGGCGGAGCUGCUGGAGGUGCGGGCAGCUUUUGUGCAGCUGUCCCAGAAGAAGCAGGAGGUGCAGCGACGGGAGCGGGCCCUGAGCAGGCAGGUGGACGUGGCAGUGGAGAUGAUCGCAGCCUUGAAGCAGCGCCUCACCGAGUCCGAGGAGGAGCUUCAUCGGAAAGAGGAAGAAGUUGUUACUUUCAACCACUUUCUAGAAGAAGCAGCAGAAAAAGAAGUGCGGGGAAAAGCCAGGCUCCAGCACUUCAUUGAGAACCUGUUGCAGCGCGUGGAUCUGGCAGAAAGGCAGCUAGAAUAUUACCAAAAUCAGCAGAUGGUGUGCAACCACACCGACAUCAGCGAGCACCUGUUUACAGACAUUUCAUUAAAUAAGAAACCCAGAUGCCUGAGCCGAGGAAGUCAACACGUUUCGUAUAACAUCCCUGACACAAAGCCUCAUUCCUUUCAAAAAGGAAGAAUCUUGUUGAAAAAAGCAAAGGAUGAAAAAACCAGCUUGCAGCCAGUGAAAUGCUUCUAUGAACCUGUUGAUUGCUCAAGAGAAAUAUGGAGAGCACAAAAAAAAGGUGAACCAGUCUGCUCUGCCAGGAAAGUGAGCGCAAAAUCCAAGAUGGGUAAAAAGGCCAAACCGCUAUAG